GGCUGGACACCUCUGCAUUUUGCCAGCUAUGGCGGAUCCGUCAAGGUGGCCAACGAGCUGCUCCGUCUGGGCGCAGACGCCAAAGCAACGGACAAGGGUGGGCGCACACCGCUGCACCUGGCGGCGUUGCAGGGGCACAUGCAGCUGGUGAAGCUGCUGGAAGCUGCCAAGGCGGAUGUGAACGCGAAGGACGAGCACGGCAUGACCCCCCUGCACAAGGCAGCCGUGCAGGGCCACACCCAGACAGUGUCAGAGCUCCUGGCACACGGCGCUCGCGUGGAUGCC